UCUAUGACAAGAGUUGUUAGCUAACGAAGAUGAAAUGUGCGUUCAUUUUCGUGGUAAUUAUCACUGUCUUCGUUCUAAGCUCAGAAGGCAAAUGGGGCUGGGGUCAAAGAAAUGAUCGAAGAAAUGGUAGACGUGAUUACCAGUGGUGUAGGAAAUCGAUUAACAAGGUGGCAGCGGAAAUCCAUUGUUUAAGACAACGACUGAGUGACUGCCAAGUGAUACGAAAGCUUACAACCCAAUGUGAUUCCAAACAUUAUGGUCCUAAGUGCAUAAAACCUUGCUCCAGAAGACACUGCGAUGAAUCACUUGGUAAAUCAACAUGUGAUAGGAAACGUGGACUUUGUGUCGAUGGAUGUUUAGCAGGAUGGACGGGACCAGACUGUACAGAGGAAUGUGAUUCUAAACAUUAUGGUCCUAAGUGUGAAAAACCUUGCUCCGAAAGACACUGUGAUGAAUCACUUGGUAAAUCAACAUGUGGUAGGAAAAGUGGACAUUGUAUCGAUGGAUGUUUAGCAGGAUGGAAAGGACCAGACUGUACAGAGGAAUGUGAUUCUAAACAUUAUGGUUUUAUGUGUGAAAAACUUUGCUCUGAAAGACACUGUGAUGAAUCACUUGGUAAAUCAUGUGAAAAGGAAACUGGACUUUGUGUUGAUGGAUGUGCAGCAGGAUGGAAGGGACCAGACUGUACAGAGGAAUGUGAUUCGAAACAUUAUGGUCCUAAGUGCGUAAAAUCUUGCUCGAAAAGACACUGUGAUGAAUCACUUGGUAAAUCAUCAUGUGAUAGGAGACAUGGACUUUGUGUCGAUGGAUGUUUUGGAGCGUGGAAGGGACAAGACUGUACCUUGUCGAAGACUGUCGAUUAAGUACUUGGUUACAUGUAAAAUCUGGAAUACGCAGAGAACGCCAAGCCUGUUGAUUACCAUUCUACAGUCAACCGUGUGUGCCGUUUCGUUGACCAAGUUUGUCUAUGAAUAAAGUCUUCUUCUCCCA